GAAAGCCUGUGAUAGAGAGCAGCUGUCUUCAGAUACUUGCAUUAAGUCUCAGACGUGCUUUCCUGCCAGCUACUUCAGUGCAGAAGAUUAGCAGACAUGUCCAUAGCACUCAAGCAAGUCUUUAAUAAAGAUAAGACUUUCCGCCCAAAACGCAAGUUUGAACCUGGAACCCAGAGGUUUGAACUUCACAAGCGAGCGCAAGCAUCUCUCAACUCGGGCGUGGACUUGAAAGCAGCUGUGCAGUUGCCCAGUGGUGAAGACCAGAAUGACUGGGUGGCUGUUCAUGUUGUUGACUUCUUCAAUAGGAUCAACCUCAUUUAUGGAACUAUCUGUGAGUUCUGCACGGAGAGGACUUGCCCAGUGAUGUCUGGAGGCCCCAAGUAUGAGUACCGGUGGCAGGAUGACUUGAGGUACAAGAAGCCCACAGCAUUGCCAGCACCCCAAUAUAUGAAUCUUCUCAUGGACUGGAUCGAGGUGCAAAUCAACAAUGAGGAUAUAUUUCCUACAAGUGUAGGUGUUCCCUUUCCAAAAAACUUUCUCCAGAUCUGCAAGAAGAUACUUUGUCGGCUUUUUCGGGUAUUUGUUCAUGUCUACAUCCAUCACUUCGACCGUAUCAUCCUUAUGGGUGCUGAGGCCCAUGUCAACACCUGUUACAAGCAUUUUUAUUAUUUUGUGACAGAGCUCAACCUCAUAGACCGCAAAGAACUAGAGCCUUUGAAAGAGAUGACAACCAGGAUGUGUCACUAAAAACUACCUGCUGAAGAAAAGCAAAGUUCUAUUUUCUUCCUACUGCAGAGUUCCAAGAACAUGACAGCCCUUGUGGACUGAACCUGCUUGUAAUUCCCUGAAAGCUGGAAAGUUACUGUCACAAAUGCUUCUCUCAAGUCAAAGUUGUUAACCCUAAAUAUGCUGCUAGGAACCUCAUCUGAGCAACAUGGAUUAUUGAGAAAAAGAAGAAUCAUGUCAGUUCAAGCUCCUUUAUCAGAAAUAAGAACCUAUUCAGCCACAAACAACAGCAGACAGUGCCCCUGCUGCCAAAGCUUUACUGAAAUACAAGUCCCUGGGCUGACCUCCAGACUAGUUGUUUUGAAAUUAAAUCUGCAAUCUUGCUUUAUUUUUCUUUUGUUUCUUGGUAUGUGUUUUCUUUCCUAACUGCAACAGACUAUUAAGAGGUUCUAGAAUCAAAGAAGACUUAGCCUUUAAUGCCCCCUAUCCUGCUCCAGACCACCCAAGGCUU